ACGUAAAUCACUUUAAAAGGAAACAUAAAGCGAGGACACCUCCCAUUCUCAUCUACAUCUUAAACUCUCACUUCCUCCAUGAUUUAGAGUGAGAUCUGGUCAUAACUGCUGGCAUUCAUCCGCUUCCCUCCAUCUGUCAAACGAGCCCAGCGCUUCAUCCUCUCGCCUCAGGAGCCAGAGUCCCUCCCCAGCCACAGUUCUCAGGUCAUCAUGUCUAGGAAGGUGGUCAGGACCAGUAAAUUCCGUCACGUCUUUGGCCAGGCGGUGAAGGCAGACCAGUGCUAUGAUGACAUCAGGAUCUCCCAGAUGACCUGGGACAGCAACUUCUGCUCCGUCAACCCCAAGUUUGUGGCCAUGAUUGUGGAUGCCAGUGGUGGAGGAGCUUUUAUUGUCUUGCCCCUGAGCAAGACGGGUCGCAUCGACAUGUCCCAACCCACUGUCUGCGGUCACACGGGACCCGUAUUGGACAUUGAAUUCUGCCCACAUAAUGACAACAUCAUUGCCAGUGGCUCUGAAGACUGUAGUGUCAUGAUCUGGGAGAUUCCAGAUGGAGGUCUCAUAUCGCCCCUGAAGGACCCCGUUGUGAAGCUGGACGGGCACUCUAAACGUGUGGGCAUACUCAGCUGGCACCCCACUGCCCACAAUGUGCUAAUGAGUGCAGGCUGCGAUAACGUGGUCAUCCUGUGGAAUGUGGCUCGUGGAGAGGCAGUGGUGCGCAUUGACUCAGUGCACACUGAUCUGAUCUACAGCGCCUGCUGGAACAGAAACGGCUCUCAGAUCCUUACUGCCUGCAAGGACAAGAAACUACGAGUGUUCGACCCCCGCAAGGGCUCCGUCAUCUCUGAGAAGGACAAGGCUCAUGAAGGUUCCAGGCCAAUCAGAGCUGUGUUUGUGUCUGAAGGCAAGAUCCUGACCACUGGUUUCAGCCGCAUGAGUGAGAGGCAGGUGGCACUGUGGGAUCCUAACAACUUUGGUGAGCCCUUGACCCUGCAGGAGCUGGACACCAGCAGUGGAGUGCUCUUACCUUUCUUUGACCCUGACACUGGUGUAGUCUACCUUUGUGGCAAGGGUGACAGCAGCAUCAGGUACUUUGAGGUGACAGACGAGGCUCCAUACGUCCACUAUCUCUCCAUGUACAGCAGUAAAGAGAGUCAGAAGGGCAUGGGCUACAUGCCUAAGAGAGGUCUGGAAGUCAACAAGUGUGAGAUUGCAAGGUUCUAUAAACUUCACGAGAGAAAGUGUGAACCUAUUGUCAUGACUGUGCCUCGCAAGUCUGACUUGUUUCAAGAGGACCUUUACCCUGACACGAUUGGUCCAGAGCCAUCGGUGGAGGCAGAUGAUUGGUUUGCUGGUAAAGAUGGGGAACCAAUUCUGAUCUCCUUGAAGGACGGUUUUGUGGCUACCACCAAAAACAAAGAGUUCAAAGUCAUCAAGAGCUUGAUGGCCACAACAUCCUCUUCCUCGAACAGCCGACAAUCUGACAAUGGGGACGUGCAGGCCUUGCAGAAUGAGGUGAAGGAGCUGAGAGAGAUAGUUGAGCAGUUGACCAAGCGAGUGAGCCAACUGGAGAGCAAGUAGCUGAAGAGAGACCCCAGUAAAAUGAGAUUGAAAAGAAAUAUCAAACUACACAUACACAGGAUGUGUAAAUAAUGAAAUUGCAAAGGUGCAUAUAUCGGAAAGAAGAUUUGUAGAAUUAUGUGAAAAGUUUUCAUUAGAUACUAUUUUGCAGUCCAUUGCAGACCAAAUUUUGCUCUUCAGGGAUUUAGCUUUUUUAAAAAGAUGUUUUAAUGUUACUAGAUUUGUUUGAAGCCCAUUUUAAUAUAUGUUUUAUAGAAUUUGAAAUAAAUGCCAGUGUUAUUUUAACUAAGA